UGUCGAUGCGUCGACGUGUGCGAAUCGGAUGUGGCAGAAUCAGCAGGACUCCGACUGCAACGCUCAUGCCUGCAGGUGAAGCUGCAGGUGACUGUGUGGAGGAGCCAUCUUUCUUGCAACGAAGCCGAGCCGAAUCCGCUCUGCUAUUUUCGGCACGCUGGCGAAUGAUUAUGAUUACGAUGGCAGUCGACCAAUCACCUUGGGCCAUUUGGGAUUUGGGGUCGAGAUGGACUGGGCUGCUGCGGUGCUGGCCGCGCUCGUCUCGGCGGCCGUCGCCUUGCGCUACCUGUCGUGGAAGAGCCAUAGCUUUGUGGAGACCAUCCUCGCGCACCGUGCGCACAGUGACAAGGCGGCGGCGUCGCGGCCCGACGUGCUCCUCGUGAUUGCCCACCCGGACGACGAAAGCAUGUUCUUCGUGCCGAUCCUGCUUCGCCUGCGCCCGCACGUCCACUGGCACCUUCUCUGCCUCUCAUCUGGCAACUACGAUGGGCUCGGCGCGAUCCGCACCAAGGAACUCGCGGCUUGCUGGCACGAGCUCGGAAUGGACGCGGCCACGCUCACCGUCCUUGAAGACGCUCGGUUCCAGGAUGGCAUGAAAUCGAUCUGGACGCCAGCGGACGUGGCGACCGCGACGCUCGCGUUUGUGGCCAAACACAAGAUCGACACGAUGGUGACCUUUGACGACUAUGGCGUGUCGGGCCAUCCGAACCACAUUUCCGUGCAUAACGGCGUCAAGCAUGCGCUAGCAACGUCGCCGCUGCCUCUGCAUGCGUAUGCUCUCGACAGCGUCCGCCUCUGGCACAAGUACCUUGGGCCUCUGGACGCGAUCUGGACGUCGCCGUCGCGUACCGCGGUCGUCGCGGUUGCGCCGUGGGUCAACUAUGCGGCGAUGGCCAAGCACACGAGCCAAUUUGUGUGGUUUCGACGGCUCUUUGUCGUCUUUUCGCGGUAUACGUUCCUCAACACGUUUACGCCACUGCAUGCGCCGACCAAAAAGACGCUGUAAGCCAGAUACACUGGAAUAUACAGUAUCUUUUGCGACUUCC